AUGUUAGACAAUCUUAAGCUCAUUCAACUCGGUCUUACUUUCUCUGAUUCAAAUGGUAACCUCCUUGAUUUCGGAACCAAAAACACUUAUAUAUGGAAAUUCAGCUUUUCUGAUUUUGACAUUGAAAAUGAUCCACACAAUCAAGAUUCAACUGAUAUGUUGUGUCUUCAAGGUAUUGACCUCAAGCACAAUUGCUAUCAUGAAGUAAAUUCACGACACUUUUCAGAAUUGAUGGUCAGAUCUGGGCUUGUCUUCAACAAUUCAGUUAUUUGGGUCUCAUUUCAUGACGCAUAUGAUUUCGCCUAUUUAAUGAAGAUUUUGAUGCGGAAAAAUUUACCAAACACUUUGGAAGGUUUCUUAUUUCACUUGAAACUAAUCUUUUAG